AUGGCGUCUCUGUCCAGGUCCGCCGCCGUGGCCACCGCCAGAUCCGUCUUGUCACGCACCAAGAGCGUUCUUCCGAAGGCCCUCCCACAGAAGCGAGGCCCUCCUCUCAUCUCAAGGUCUGGCACUCUCUCUCUCUCUCUCUCUCUCUCUCUCUCUCUCUCUCUCUCUCUCGCUCGAAUUUCCUGGAUCUAACUUGAUUUCCCUCCGCGCAUUCUGUGCGCCCUUCAGGUCAACAUGUGCUGCUCUGGAAACCGUGGAAUCCUUGAUGCCUCUUCACAGUGCCAUCGCGUCGGCCCGGCUUAAGUCCUUCAUUGCCGUGGAUUCGUCAUGCUGGAGCUGGCUCUCUCAGGGUAUUCCUUGCUCCUCCCUGUCUCGUUUGAUUUUUACGAAAGUAUCACGUUGAUUGAGGCCUGCGUUAUUUGUUCUUUGUUUUCUUUAAGCAAUUUUAUCUGGUUUAUGUCUACUGGGCUACCCCUGAGGACUUUCGUUUGGGUUACAAAGACCAGAACAAGGGGUUUUUAACGCAGAUUAACUACCGCGGUUGAAUUUUGUUGCGUGAAUGCCAGUUUUAUGGAUGCUUUAAUUAUGUUUAUGGAUUAAACUAUUGUAGUCUGAUAGUUACGAUGAUGUUAAUGUUUGCCUAGGUCUCAAAAAGGGGAUCUGACUUGUGCUAGGAAAAGUGAGGGCUUUAAUGUGUGGAAUAUGAACUGUGAGUGUUUUUUUUUUCUUUCGGAUUAAUCCUAGUGUUCAGGCAUCUUUCUUAUUAAAGGCUAUGAUACUAAUGCGAACCCUUUCUCCGUUGUCUACCUAUGAGUCAGAAACUUACAAGCCAAUUUUACGUUGCUCUGUGCUAACACAUUUAAUGGAUCCAUGGAAGAGCGGUUGCAUUUGAAUGUUCUAGGUUUCUUUGGUGAUUUUCAAGCCUAAUAAACUCAUUAAUUGAUUAUAUACUUAUUGAGGUUUGUUCACUUGUAGCCAAGUUUUUUUCUUUUUGCAUACUUGAUAUUUUUUCGCUUCCAUGCCAUGGUUAAGAGAAUCCUCUUAGUGUAGCCUAUCCACCUGUUGACUGGAAAAAGAAUUGAAUAUUAAAGUGAAGGCAGAUCAUCAAGAAAACUUAAUUAUCUCGGGAAAAUAUUCUCAAUUCUAUAUGAUUUUCCCACUCAUCCCCACAACAACAUUUCUUUUUUAAGCAAUUUUUUAAAAAAACUUCAAUGUUUUGUCUCGUAUCAGUUCACAUUUUUUCAGGCUUCAACUCGCAAUUUCCAUUGAUAGCUGCAAAUAACUUAUCAACACAGCUAAUCCAUGUCCUAACUUGUUUCUUAUUUCAUGAUAGGACGUGCUUUACCGUUGUGA